UGAGAUUGAGCCCAAUGUAUUCUUUUCAGAUGUAUGAGGAGGGUGCAACAUCCUAACGUGGUCCGCCUCUAUGAGGUCAUCGACACACCCACGACCCUUUACCUGGUCAUGGAGCUGGCAGAGGGGGGCGACCUGUACGACUACAUCCUUCGCCACGAGACAGGCGUUGCUGAGGGCACUGCCAAACGCCAUUUUGCCCAGAUCGUGCGCGCCGUGGCAUACUGCCACGAGCUCCACGUGGUGCACCGAGACCUGAAGCCAGAGAAUGUGGUGUUCUUUCCGCAGCAGGGGGCAGUGAAACUAACAGACUUUGGCUUCAGUAACUUAUUCAAACCUGGGACCAUGUUGGCCACCAGCUGUGGGUCCCUGGCGUAUUCUGCACCGGAGAUUCUUUUGGGAGAAGAGUAUGAUGCUCCAGCUGUGGGUAAGACUCUUUUAAGAAGACUCUUAUUACUAUGUUUUACUGUGUUACACAAAAUUGUGACUUGAGAUACAGGCACUGUAUGGUG